AUGGGUUGCAGAGCAAAAUACUUUACACUUGAGGAGAAAAAUGCUGCCUUGCGCAAACAGAAGGCUGCAUACUCGAGGACAGAACGGGGAAAAGCUGCUCGACGGAUUCAAAAUGCUCGUGCUAAUGCCAAACUCCGUGGACAGAAGAGGACUACUGCUGGAUCCCUCAGUAAUUCAAAACCACUUCCCCAGUCUCUCAUCACACUAGCAGCACUUCCCCUCCCCAACUCGUUUCUGUUUCAUCAGACAUGUUCCGGGUUGGAGUUGAUCAAUGAGUCUGAUAUACUCCAGUGGGACAAACCACCACCAUACGAUUCCCCUCCUCCUCCAAACUCCCCACAUGAGGAUCGGUUUACUCGCAAUCUUGCGGAUGUCAUGCAUGGCAGACAGCGCCGUUUGGAAAAAGAGGCCUGGGCAUGCUAUGCUCAAAUGUUUGCAGCGGCAAAUGUCAAAGUCAUCCUGCAGGAAAUUCAGGCGGCGGAGAGAAGUUUAAUGGGUAACUGGAAUGAGCUCAAUACGUACGUAUCACACAUGAAGGGUUGCAAAAGACACAGAGUGAUGGCAAAGUGUUAUGUGCAGUGGCAGGUGAGGAAGAUCUUCAACUAUCAUUGGGAGGCAGACUUGAUACUUCAUGGCCAGAAUCCAUACAUGUAG